AUGGCGUCCUACCUCUUCAGCCUCUUAGGCUUCGGGCCCAGGAGAUUCGCGCCGCCAAUUGUUCCCACAGAUGAGGUCGUGCCGGUGCACCUCUUUGACGACACAGACACGCUGCGGGGAAUCACCAUGAUGUGGACCUUCAAAUUUGACGAGGUUCUCGAUGCCGACAAGCUGGGCAGUUCGCUUUCUGAGCUCUUUCAGAUGGAAGGAUGGCGGAAGCUGGGCGGGCGGCUUCGGCGCAGGCCUGAUGGAUCGACCGAGAUUCACAUCCCCUGCCCCUUUACAGAGGAGCGGCCGCCGCUGUACUUUACAAAGGCCAAAUUCGACGUGCGCAUGUCGGAACAUCCCGAAGCAUCCAAAUGGCCCAGUGCUCCAGACGGCUUGAAGCCAACAACGUUCCCCAGUCCUCGCAACUAUAAGUCGCUGGGCCUUGGACCCGGAUCGCCAACAUGUUUUGACGACUACCUCUACUCCGAUCAUCCGCAAUUCGCCCUUCACGUGGUCAACUUCACCGAUGGAACCUUGGUCUCCGUCAGCUUCAAUCAUCUAACCAGCGACCUCGCCGGGCUCAUGGCCAUUAUGAAUGCGUGGCAGCUUGUCCUGGCCGGAAAGCCAGAAGCGGUGCCCCCGUUCAAGGGCCUCUAUGAAGACUCCAUGGCCGGUCUCUACAAGGCACAGACAACGGAAAAGUAUCUGCUGGCCGACAGGCAGCUUUCGGGCUGGAAGCUUGCAGCAUUCGGAUUGCGGCUCGUAUUCGAGUCCUGGUGGAACUCCCCCAUCGAUUCCAAGUUGCUUUGCGUUCCCAAGAAGACGAUGGAUGCAUUUGUUCAGGCGGCCAGAGACCAGGUGCCACAAAGCAUGGACUCCAGUAACAAUGGAACUUCGCCUCGAUUCAUCAGUGAGAAUGACAUUGUCGUAGCAUUGGCCACAAAGGCAACCGCUCAAAGUUUAUCCCCAAGCCGCCCCAUUACCGUCCUGCAGGCUGUUGACCCUCGCAGCCGCGUCAAGUCGGUUUUCGACCAAAACGCCGCGUAUGUCUGCAAUGCCCCUGGUGUGGCCUUUGUUUUCUACAGCAGCCAAGAAGCAGUGGACAAGAGCAUUAGCGAACUGGCGCUUGACGGACGAGAGGCCCUUCAGUCGCUGGUUACGGAGGAGCAGAUGAAGGCUGUAGCCGCGUUAGCAGCAAAAGCCAUGGCGGCCACUGGGAAUCCUCCCAUCUUCGGAGAGCACAAUACGCGUCUGCUGGUGUCGUCCAACUGGAGCAAAGCUGCGUUUCUGGAAAAGGUGGACUUUAGUCCGGCAAUCGUCAAGAGCCCGGAGAGUGGUCGCCAUCGAGGGAAGCCAGGGCAUCCCGUUUAUUAUCAUUGUCAGAGCAUGGAUAGUGGCCUCUUCACUACAAACGUCGUGGUGAUUAUGGGCAGAGACCUAGAGGGAAACUUUUGGCUGCUUGGUGAUCAGCCAAGUCAUAUCUGGCCAGCGCUGCUAGCACAGCUAGAGAAGUAUGCAUAG